ACACACACACACAUCCAGAGGAUGAAGAGCUUUCACCAUCAGGUGUUUAAAGGCAGAAACCAGAGGUCUCACUAUUUGUCAGCUAAUUGUGACGCAGAACUGUUGAGUACAGAGUUUAAUGUUAGAAACAUUCAGUCUGGGUCUCCAGCUGUUACACUGACUAAUGCUAAGCUGCAUAUGUUGGACAGUUAGCAUCAUUAGCAUUAAUAAUCAUCCAUAUGGAGGGUAUCUCAGCAGCUGAUUUGGACAAUGUGAGUUUUGUGUCCAUAUUUAAACUCCCAGUGGGCUGAUUUUGAUUAAUUUAAAGUUUAUUUAUAUGAUUAAUAUAUAACAGCGGCACAGACGAUCAGUGACAAAAUGAUACACAACAGAAGAAAUGUGAAGAAAUAUUCUGUGUAAACAUUCACACACUGAGCUUUAUUGAUUCAAUAAUGCAGCGAUGUAUUGAUCAUAUGAAUAACCUCAAACUGAAUCAUAGUCAGCCCACUGGGAGCUGAAAUAUGGACACAAAACACCUCCAUAUAUCGUCCAUAUAGCUGAUUAUUAAUGCUAACAAUGCAAAUUCUCCAACAUAUGCAGCUUAGCAUCAGUCAGUGUAAGACCUGGAGACCCAGACUCAACAUUAGACUUUGUACUCAACAGUUCUGCUUCAUAAAAUAAGAUCAAUUUUGAUCUUGAACAGAAAUCUGAGUAUCUUUAGUUAUUGAUAAAACUUUGAGGAAAUGGAAAUGAUCUUCUCUGAAGUCUAACCUGACGUCAGUGGUUCUCCCUGCUGGUUGUGUAGCAGUACUGCAGCCGGCAUUAGCUUUAUAAACAGUGAAAGAAAUGUUUAUUUAAUGAGCACCUGAAAUGUCAAUACAGCUGCUCUUUGACUAUAAAGUUCAGUUUAUUGAUCAAUUAUAUAUAAAAAUAUUUCAUUGGGUUUUGUUCUUUCAGCAGUCAGUGACACAAAGGGGAACCAUUUGCAGCAUAAUGCCAUUAGAAACUGAUAAUCAGUAAUCAAUACUCCCAUUAUUAAAGCAUUAAUCAAACUAAUACUGUCAGACAACCUUAUCAGACUGUUUCUAAUCAGUAUCAUCCAUAAAGAUACAGUGUAUACUGAUCAAUAUCAUCCAUAAAGAUACAGUGUAUACUGAUCAAUAUAAUCCAUAAAGAUACAGUGUAUACUGAUCAAUAUCAUCCAUAAAGAUACAGUGUAUACUGAUCAAUAUGAUCCAUAAAGAUACAGUGUAUACUGAUCAAUAUCAUCAAUAAAGAUACAGUGUAUACUGAUCAAUAUAAUCCAUAAAGAUACAGUGUAUACUGAUCAAUAUAAUCCAUAAAGAUACAGUGUAUACUGAUCAAUAUCAUCCAUAAAGAUACAGUGUAUACUGAUCAAUAUCAUCCAUAAAGAUACAGUGUAUACUGAUCAAUAUAAUCCAUAAAGAUACAGUGUAUACUGAUCAAUAUCAUCCAUAAAGAUACAGUGUAUUCUGAUCAAUAUGAUCAAUACAGAUUAUUGAUCAUAUUGAUCAGAAUACACUGUAUCUUUAUUGAUCACAGGUGAGUAUGUUAGAAAUUGCUUUCUUCAUAAAGGUUUUUAUGUUCAGUAUCAUUGAUGAUUGAGUCCUCUGAGGGGCACCAACAUGUCAAAUAAAGCUACAACAAUUAGUCGGCUAAUCAAUUAGUUGAUUGACAGAAAAAUAAAACUAAACUACUUUGUUAAUCAAUUAAUCACAAAAUAUUUUUUUUUCAUAAAAACAGCCUCAGAUAUGAGGCAGAGUUUUCGGUUUUAUAUUAAAUUAAACAAUGUUUGACAUUUAAAGACAUUAAAAAACAUCACAUUGGACAUUUUUCACUAUUUUCCAUUUAAAGAUUAUAAAAUAAUCAGCAGAUGAAUCAAUAACUAAAAUAACUGCAACGUCGUUUGGCCUCAGGAGGAAGAUUUGUAAAAUAGGUAAUACUCACAUUUAAAGCUUCUUGGUAAUAAUAAACUAUAUUAUUUAUUGUUAUAUUGUUCAGUGUAAUAAACUAAUUGAAAUAUUCUCAUAUUAAAUAAUAAUAUAUCAGGCAGACAGUGAACAGAGUUGAUGUGUUAGAAGCAGGAAAAAUGUGCAGCGUGAGGAUCUGAGCCACUUUGACAAGAACCACAUUGUGAUGGACGACUGGGUCAGAACAUCUCCAAACCUGCAGCUCUUGUGGGGGGUUCCCGGUCUGCAGAGGUCAGUACCUAUCAAAAGUGGUCCAAGGAAGGAACAGAACCACCAACCCCUUGCACUAGCCGUACACACCAAAAUUAUAGGAAGCAACACAACACAGCCACUCUAAAUCUCCUCAGUGAAUUAUACAAUCAGUGCAACAAUAAAACCCACAGUCAAUCAUAAUCCUUUCUCCAACCCAAAAACAUUCAGUUCAACAUGAGUCCUUUUCUCAACACAAAAUUUCCUCUCCGGGCACCCAGAAGACGCCAACACAAUUGGAGUUGAAACCCUAGUGGCCACAAAAGCCAAUCUGAGUGAGCUUCUUACUCGGUUUGGCAAUCUUUGAACUACUCUAUGGCAGACGCUGGAGUUACUUCCUUAGCCAGCAGUGUGCUGCAAACAGCUCCGGGGAAUGGACAGUCUGGAAGCCGGAUCGUCGCUGCAGAGUCUCUGGAGUAGUAUGAUGGAGGGGCCAGAGUGAUGGCUAAACGACGUGCUGACGGACAGACUGAGCCUCUUCCUCCGGUGAGAAUGUCGCAGCAUUUUCUGUUCAAACACCGGUGACAGUUUUGCACAAAACUUUUGACAUCAAGGUUGAUCCAAGGCCAGUAGACCAGAGCCUGCAAUCUUCUAUAGGGCUUGUACCUGCCCAGAAGACCAACCAAGGAGUUCCCAUGGAGGAUUUGGUAGGUGGUUUUAUGAGGCAGUUGUAACACUCAAUAGAUUUUAUCCUCUAAAAUGGUGUAUUUUGUGUCAUCUGUCAAGAGGACUUCUCCCUGGUCCAUCACAGCCUGGUACAAGUGUUGGGUCAUCCAAGUAGUGCCUCCACCUUUCGGAGGCCAACACCACAGCAGCUGUCUCAAGAGGUAGAGCGGGUCAUCCACUAAUCAGAAGGUUGUUGGUUUGAUUCCCAGCUCCUCCUGCUGCAUGUCAAAGUGUCCUUGAGCAAGAUACUGAACCCCAAACUGCUGUGUCAUCAGUGUGUGAAUGUGGUAGUGGACGGCGCUUUGAGUGGUCGAAUGACUAGAAAGGCACUAUGUAAGUACAGUCCAUUUACCAUUCAUGUUAUUUUACAUUAGACGUGUAAAUUCACAGGCUAUUUUAUAAUUGUAUUAACAUUUCCAUGUAUUUAAAAAAAAUACAGAUAAAAACCCUGUAAACUUACAGAUUUUUUUAUAGUGAAGAAUUUAAUAAGCAGGCCUAUAACAUACAGAAUAUAACUGUACUCAAACAGCAACUAAACAAAGGGUUAACUGAACAUUAAUCGUGGUUGGCUAAACCAAAUAACACAACGGAUAAACAAAAUGGACGCCAACUACAACUUAACCCAAAUCCCCCCCAUGACAUAUGAGACAGUGGUUUGUCCCAAUGAGGUGCUCCGGGAUUUAAGAGUCCUGCACCCUUGGACACACCUUUCGCUCCAACAGGAAAGGACCUGUCCCCCAACAACCAGGUAACCCAAAGACAAAGAAACAAAGGCUGAAUGUAAGCAGAUUGCUGGUGUGAAGAUGGUGGCUCAGGUGUCCGCUCAGGUGGUCAUGGGGCUGCUGCUCGGACUCUCGGCGGGUCCAGGCCUCUGCUCCAGCGCUGGUCCGGACUCUGAGCGUGGCAGGAUGGAGCUAAGGCGUGUUCGCAGCCUCGCCACACAUCCCAGGUACGGAGAGUGCUGGACGCGAGCUUUGGAGGAGCUGGACAUGCGCUGCAGGGACCUGACAUCAGAGAGCCAGAGCCGGAUUGCUCUGGGAUUCGCUCUGUGUCACCUGAGCAGCUCAGGUAGGGAUAUCCCAUCAUGCCCUGAGGGGUCAGAGGUCAGCAGGUGUACAGGUGGGAUGGACGAUGUGGCCUUUAACACCUUUACUGAGUUCUUCACCCACACCCACUCCAUCUGCCACUUCCUGCAGUCCGAGGCCUGGCAGAACCGAGCGGAGAGCGCCAUGCACAGGUUAACUGAGAGUUCAGCAGGUGUAGCUGAGCAGCUUCAGUCCACCAGGCAGAUGGCUGAGGACCUGAUGGACGCCCAGAGUGCUGCCUUACAGGCACAACAAGAGAUCCUGAACAAUGGAGAGGAGCUAAGAGUCACCCUGAGAGACUCCACCCAGGGUCUGCGGUCAGUGUUCUCAGAGCUCAGCAGUGUCUCCAGGGAGCAGCAGGUGGCGCUGUCUGAACUCUUCAACAGAGUUUCCUUCCUGCAGAGUUUCCUACUGAUGGAGGCGCACAGUCUGAGCUCCUGCUGCUACAAUGCUGCUGCUCUCUUCACCUCCUUCUUCCUCACCUCCACACAGCGCUCCUCCAGAGCCAGGUUGGUGCUGUUGGGGUUGGUGUGUCUGAACUUCUACCUGGAGAGGAAGAUCUAUCAGUUUGUGAUGACCUCUCAUCUUGAACACCAACACGCGGAGCUGCUCAGUGUGUAUGUGAGUGUGUUGCGGAGGGUCAUGGUGUGUGUAGGACUGUGUAUCCUGCUGUGUGUGUGUGUGCGCUACAGGGACCCGGUCCAGCAGAGCCUGAAGGUCCUCCAGCAGCUCCAGGAGACCCGGCGGAGCCUGCAGGAGGUGCUGCAGCACGUAGAGGGAUUAGCAGAGCGACAGAAGGAGGCGGAGCUUCACCUGGAUGUGAAGGUUGGAGUACUGACCGUAUUCUCAGCAGUACAGUCAACAGUGACAUCACCCUGCUGCCAGCUAUAACCCACAAUGCCUCAGUGAGGAGCCCCACUACCCACAAUGGCUCAGUGAGGAGUCCAGGCAGGCGUCCUCGUCGCUCCUCCUCUCCUUUGGUCUACAGCAUCCUGGUGGAGGACAAACGGCCUCGUUACAGCCUGAGGAGCCGAAGAUCAGAGACCCACUGACCCUCAGACCACGUCCUGGUCCCACUGACCCUCAGACCACAUCCUGGUCUCUGUUUGUCUUUUAAACUGUUGAAUCUGUCUGAAUCUUAAUAAAACAGAUUUUAAACCGA